AUGACCGAUUUCAAAAUUGAAGGGCUGAAGAAUGCUUUAACAGCUACAGCUGCAAGAACAAGUAUUCCUAUGGCACCUAAAGAGGGGGGAAAGGGAUCGUUUUGGGUUUUGAUGAAAGAACAGUUUUCAAAGUUACUUAACAAUGUUGAUCUGCGCCAACCAUCAGAUGUAUCUGAAACACUUCAUUGGAAAACAGUGUUCAUGUUGGAAGCUGCCCUACGACUAGAACGCAGUAGUAAAACACUGCUUAUCUAUGACAGCGUGGAGGAAAAGACCAAACGAAAUCAUGUCCCAGCUGAAGGGACCAUCGAGACAAUUGACUCCUUCCGUCAGUCUGGUCAGGACUGGUCACAGUUCAAGUACAUCAUUGUAGCUGCCACACGUCACCAGUUCAAGGACAUUCAGGACACGUUGAAGGCACUUAGGACUCCAAUAUGGAGGAUCUACGAACGUGACGAAGUUAAACCCCCCACAGAAACUGUGAGUGUUGGGCUCAUAGGCUACCCAAAGACAGGGAAAAGUCUUCUUGCGAAUGCAAUUGCAGGUGAGAAACUAUUCGAUGCUGGAUUACAGAAACCCACAGCAGUAUGUCAGGAGAAACGCGCAAGAAUUGGUACCAGAGCAAUUCAAAUAUUGGACACACCUGGAUUUUCGUUGCACAAUAAACAGAACAUUCAGACAACAAUCGAUGUGGUGGUGAAAAAGGCAAGUUCCAUUGAUGCCUUCUUGCUUGUCGUGAAGGCAUCUCCAAUGACAUAUGACGAAGAACUGCUCUUCAAACAUGUCAGAUCUAUUGCGGGGAAGUCCAUGUCACAUAAAAUAGUGCUGGUUCUUACAGCAUUAGAUGACAACAUCACUUUGAAGGAAUACCUAGAGAACAUUCCUAAUUUCCUGAAAGACUUCCUCAAGUUCUGCCACAACCCACCUGUGCUUGUCAAUGUCAACACUGGGACAGAGUCUGAGAAGGCAAAUGAUCUAAGACGAGAAUUGUUUAGGAUUAUAGGAGAAAUACAUAGGAAACCUGUGCAAGAGAAUAAACUAAGUGUGAACACGAUUCGACAGAAGGUAACUGAAGCAAUCUGUGAACUGCAGAAAUGUCAGAAGGAUGACUUGAAACAGUAUAUGCAGCGGUUACACUCGCUCCUCUCAAGAAAUCAUGGAUGAGAGACAAGAGUUGUUCAGGACAAUAGGAUGCAUACAUGGGGAGCCUGUGCAAGAGAAUAAACAAUGUGUGAACACGAUUCGUCAGAAGGUAAAUGAAGCAAUCUGUGAACUGGAGAAAUGUCAGAAGGAUGACUUGAAACAGUAUAUGCAGCGGUUACACUCGAUCCACUCCAGCCAUUAUGGAUGCUAUAGAUCUAGCUGUAUGGCUGAAAUAACGUCGAGUCGAUGUUAAACGUUCACUCUCUCACAACAGUGACUGGACACCAACUUUGACAUUUUCUUCUCGGAAGUCACUCUUUACACACGUAUCAUACAUACCGAUUGUUGUGUAUGAAUGAAUAUUGUAUUUGUUUGUUUAGUGAUACCGACACAUAAUGUUGAGGUGGCGACCCAGAUACAGUGUGACCUACCUUAUAAAUGCGUAUGUGUCCGUCCGUUAACCGUUUCAGGAGCAGGACUCUAAAUCCAUUAAAAUUAUUGUUGAAACUUUCUAUACACACCUGAUCUGAUCUUAUCUGAUAUGUUUGUUUAUUGCAUGGACUAGUGUUAAUUUUUUUAUUUUGUUUUGGGCACAUUACUGCGACAGGCUCUACAAUGCAUUAAGCAGGAUUUUAUGAACGCAUCACGACACGACUUGCCUACUCAUAUGGACAAUAUUGUUAUUCUAACUUUUAUUACAAUCGUGUGGGUUUAAAUAAAUAAAAAAUAAUUUAGUUAUGUCUUAUGAUUGAAAUUUUACUAUUUUUCAUAAACAUUUUUCAGCCUUUUUCUAACAGUUUGUGUCUAUCUAACACAUUUGACAUGACAUCUGUACCAAGUGUACACAUCAUGCUUCAGUUGAUCCGUUUGUCAAUUUUGUUCACAUUUAUCUACUGUUUGUACCAAUGAAGAUCCGGAGU